AUGAAGGAGAAUUAUGGAGUUGACGUUCGCUGGGCAAAGAACAUGCUUGAUACAUUAUAUGAUGUAGGCAAUAUGACGGAUGUGCAUCAACAAGUCAUCCCUCUUCGCUUUGGAGCGUUGCCCGCCUCAGAUCCCGUAGGACACAUGAUUUUGAGGUCGCUGAGACUAGGGCUGGAAAACUAUAGGCUCUUUUACGAAAAGCAUCAAGACCUACGAAAAGACGUCGACUUUGACAUCGCGAUUGACACUAUGUUGCAAGAGGCCGUUGAUUACGAUUCUUAUAUGGAGUAUGUUUGUUGCUGGGCGAGAAAGCCACUGUUCGAAACGAUCGAUAUUGCACAAACAAAUGUCAGAAGAUACUCAAGUGGACUCCUUAUUCUCAAUAACAUUCACAAUCACUCUCACGAUGUCAACAAAAUGAUUUUGCAGGAUUUGAAUAACAAAGACGGCGACAAUUCUCAUGAUGGCGAUAUUAUACAUGAAGAGAAUGUAACUGAUAUAAAUCAAUUUGUCGAAGGCUUUUAUGAGGAUUAG